ACCAAUUUUAAUAACCCACAAACAAGGCAACAUAGUAGUAGGUUGUAAGAGUGUGUGUCAAUGGAGCGAAGGUUAAACAGAGAGCGUAAAGGGUCACAAAAUCUACAAAAAAAGAUGGCAAAGACACUGCACAUAGAAGAACCACCACCUGACCUCACUGAUUUCAUGAACGACAUGUUUUUUGGGACAGCAGACACUCACAAAAAAACCUAUGAUCUCACUGGUGGUGUUGGAGGCAUGGAUGAUGAUGAUGAUGGUUUUGAUGAUAGUACUAGAAGUAAUAGUGCAAGGUUGACACAAGAGUGGUUGCAAGAAGCAAGACGCAUGGUUGCUUCUUCUCCUUCACGUAGUGAGUCUCCUGGACGCCUUUUAGGUUCCCCUCGCUUUGCAUCAUCAUCACCAUCUUCCCAUCGAACGGAGGAACUCUCUAGGACUAGGUCCGCUAGAAGAUACAGAACAGCGGAAGGGAUCAGUGACGAGAUACUCUCAAAAACAGCAAAACACAGUCGUAACAAAUCCGACACCUUUACCCAACCUUCAUUACAUGGAGACGGAUCCCCUGCAACGGCGGUUCACAAAUGGUUUUCCAACAUCCUCAAACCCAAUAAUAAUAAUAAUAAUAAUAGCAACAUCACGCCACCACCUUCUCCCGAUUCCCUCCCUCCUCGCCAGCCUCUUCCUCGAAAAUCUCGCUUCCAAACCGAACCCUCCACUGCACCCAACCCGCAGGGGAUCCAACCCCCUAAUUAUAAUUCCCGAAGAACUUUCAAGACUUCUGUCCCGUCGCAGGAUAAUUCAAACCAACGAACACAACCUACGUCCGCUUCGACUCUACCUCUGUCGCCACCGAGGAACCUCGUCGAAUCCGCUCACCGGAGAACGAUAUCAUCUUCGACAUGCUCGUGGGAGAAAAUUGAGCCGGUGACGCAUGUUGCAAAGGCCGAAGAAGCGACGGAAGAGUAUAGCCUCAACGGCUUUUUGAAAGAGCAGAGGAAUUUGUUUCAGAGAUUCUCGAAGGGAGAGAUUCGUGGAAAUGCCAAUAUCGUGCUUUCUGGACAUUCUAACAGUACGGCGUCGAUGGUGGCUGCCAUUUGCCAUGCAUGGUUGUCGGGUUAUAGGCAGAGAGAGAAUGAUGAUGGUAGAAAUGAGGGCACGGUGGUGGUGCCUGUGAUGAAUGUGAAGAGAGGUGAUAUGUGUAAGCUCAAGCAAGCAGCAUGGCUGUUUCAUCAUGCUAGUCUUGAUGCAACCUCAUUGCUUUUCAUUGAUGAGGUGGACAUGGAAAGUCUUUUGAUGACAGGAAAACUGAGAGUCCUCAUGGUUGGACAAGAUAUCUUAAGUGCAACUGGCGAGGUUGGAUCUCAAUGCACAGUUCUUACAGAUAAUUAUUGUGAGGAUGCAUAUGAUCUACUUCAGAACUCUGUGCUGAAGAAACUAUUGCUUGCUGGUAUUCUGCUAGACACACAGAAUCUAAAAGCUUCUGCAACACUAUCGAUGACAAGAGAUGCAGAGGCAGUCCAGCUGCUAUUGGUUGGCUCAGCCCCAAACUACCGAUAUGCUUUAUUUGAUCAGUUGACGCAAGACCAAAAAUCAUCUUCUUUUGUGGAAUCUUUGAACCAUAACUAUUGGAAGCACCCUGAUGAAAGUGACCAAAACAGUGAAGGAAACAUGGAGCAUAAAGUUUGCGAGAGAAAGUUAAGCUCUACAUCUGACCGUGAAACUACCAUGCGAAGUUCAAAAACAAAUUCCAUGGAAGCAAAAGUUAAACUUGCAACGCCACUUAUGCAAUCUCCAAGUCCUACUAUAGGAGCAUCAUCAAAUGCAGAAAAGGAAGCCUCUCGUGGGAAAAAUAAGUUCUUCUUGGCAAGGUGGUUUGGAUUUGGUUCUAAAUGAUCUCUACCAUCUAUGCAAAUGGCAACUUAAGUUUUGCAAAAUUCAAAAUUGAAUAAAUUGCUGUAAUUCAAAUGAGAAUCCCAUCACAAAUUUUGCUUUUUUCCCCUUGAUGCUUGGGACAUUCGUGAAGAUAUAUAUGAGCCUGGUUAGGAUUCAGAUUUUAUGCAGUAAUUGCGGUUGAAGGAAUAACAUAUGGGCCUGCCAAUUAUUUUUGGUUUGGUUUUAACUCUCUGGUUUUUAUGGGAA